AGUAACUCUGUCUGCAAAGUUGAAAUUGCUUCGUGGUCAUUCUUUGAGUGCAUUUGGGAAGCUUGUGGCAGAAACAUAGCAGUGCGGCGUGCUUGUGGAAAGGUCUAGUGCAUGCCGAGUGACUUGAUAGCCUCCAUGCACCACCCAUCGUGAUGGCGACAAGUAUGCCUCGUGGCAGCUGUGUACUCUGUGGCGUGCCAAUCGAUGAGAGACUGAGCCGUAGCUGGACACCACAUUUUCGCGCGGUAUACGUGCGCAAUACCACAAGAGGUCCGGCCGAAGCACAGCUCUCGGGCGUCGGACUGCGAGACCAUGGCUUCGACAGAGCACCCCUGGGCCGCCAUGCUCACUUUUACGACAACAAUUUCGAGCCAGACAACCUUUGUGUGUUCCGCCUCCAGAGAGGCAGCAGAGACGAGCAUGGCACCGCCCCAACUCAAUACGGUGUCCCUUUCCACCUUACAUGCUGGGAUAUCCUGGAAAGAGUGGCAGCAGGCGAUAGAAAUGAUCCUGACGCCGGCUUUCGCGACAUCAACCUGACGCACCUGCACCAGUUCUUCGGCUGCUUCCCCGAACAACAAGGCCGGAUCAACUGGGGCCACAACUAUGGCUUCAUAGAGUACGAGGACUCUGGCAGCAACUUUGUCGGCUUCGAGCGUGUCUUGGCGGACGUGGCUCGCGGAUUCGCCGGCCCUCACCACGAUCCCGGAGAGAGCUAUCCUAUCCAAGCUGCCCUUCGCCUGCCCAAAGCAAGUCGUCCAGUCCUUGCUCUUCCGGCCCGCAGACUUCGGAAGACAUCAAUAUCUCUUACAGUAACUGAAGCCAAAGAGACAGACCAGUUCGACCAACUCCCCACAGAGAUCCGCGACAUCAUCCUCUUCCAGCUCUCUUCGCCAGACGUGCUGACACUGAAGCUCGCCUCACGAGCCAUCGCCGAGACCGAGCUCGGCGAAACGUUCUGGGCCUCGAGGUUCGACUCCGGUCAACAGAUGGGACACGUCUACGAGGCCCGCGAUGCAACAGUGCCCCUGGGGAACUGGCGGGACGCGUACUUCGAAAUGGCCGAGCUGCAGACCCGCCGCGAGACGCUGCGGAACAGGGCACGCAUCUGGGGCAUCGCCGACGCGCUGCUCAACAUCUUGCAACACAUGGGCUCCGGCUCGUCGACAACACUGCAGGGCACUGAGUGCGGCGUGCCCCUGCCCAACUGGAUGUUUGAGCUCUCCACUGCCGGUGCCGCCGGGGCUGUCGUCAAUCUGCCUCACGGGCCUGAUGCACUGCGCGACGGCGAGGGAUAUACCAACCACUACGGGCGGCUCCAUGACUUUUCCUACGGCGCAUGUGUCGAGCCCUCGCGUGUCCGGUACCACAAGGGUAUCUCCCGAGAUGCGCGAGUCUGGGUUUCGUUCAUCGAGCUGCCGGAUGCGCGGUACAUAUCCGGCUUGCGGUUCGAGAAUGUCUCCGGGACGGCACAAUCGUGGAGUAUCGGGUACAUCCAUGCGACUAACGAGGAGUUGCUGCCUCCCGUGUCUGAGGACGAGAGCGGGAGUGGGGGCGCUUUGUGCGGCUUCGAGCUGGCAGUUGGCUCCCGAGGCGUGCUUGGCCUCAGGAAACUAGGAUCAUUGGAAUCUCAGAAAGGUCAGUGGGUCGGUCGACAUGAGGGUGUGCCGAGGAAGCUACUCCUCCUGAAGGAAGGGGUUGAGCCGUACAUGUUGACCUGCGGCUUUGAUGCUAUCAAGCUUUUGGUCGUAUGGGCGUCCAAGCCUGCCACCUCCAACAAUAAGCCAGCAUCAUCGACUACCAUUCGUAAAUCACCUUACAGGUCCUCCAAGCUUCGCGAGCAUUCCCUGUGGUAUCCCGCGGUCCCGCCGGCGCACUGUGACCUGUUCCCCCUCGGUCCGACUCGUGAGCGUGCUUGGCUGCCUAUGAAUGCCAGCUCGUUCUCGCAGCAAGGGCAGAUCGCGGGACUCGGCACUGGAGUUCGCGUGGGGCAACCACACGAAGUCAUCCUCUUUGGUGGUGAACAUGGGGAGAAGCUCACCGAGGUCACUGGGCUCACGAUGACUUUGAGAGACGGCGUCCUUGUCGAGUUCGGAGUAUCCCGGCGUGUCAGGGACGACAAAGACUGCGACCAUACUAAAGACAACGGUGAUGGGACGAUCAACGAGGAGCUUGGAGGCAAGCAUGAUGGGAGCGUGUCCCAUAUGUUCGGUGAACAUCUAAGGACGGGUGUCAUCAGCAUACCGGCGCAAGCCGGCACCGCGGAGUAUGGCACCUUGCAUGAGCCUUUUCAGUAUUUGUCUCGUACCGACGCCGUGCCACGCGAAUUCAGGGGCACUGCAAAGGUCAAAACGCAAACGUACGAGUUUGCCAUUGACGGGAAGUCUGGGGAGAGGAUUGUUGGGAUUGACGUCGUCGGUGCGCAGCGCGAGGACGGUCACGACGAUCAUGAUGGUGCCAUUCAUGGGAGAGGCAGUACGAUGAUCGGGGGUCUGAGGAUCAGUACCAAUUUCGGCCGUUGCUUCAAUGUGCUGGGUGUCUCCGACGACUUAUCCGACUCUGAUGAUUCACUGGCACGAAGUCGAAACAUUAGAGCUAAGGACUCUGGUGCUGCCAAUGACGGGAGCGGAGUUUUGGUGGGAGUUUACGGGCGCAGGGAUAAUUACGGCAGGUUUGUGAGCCUCGGCGAAAUCAAUGCCCCAGCUCAUAUCGCUGCAAAGACUCCCGAGGGCGGCCGCACCUUCACGCCCGAGACUCGGCUAAGUAACCGCGCCGCUGGUGUUCUUAUUUCUCCGGGCGCUUUAGCAUUCGCUGGCAAUUCUGCUGCACUGGACAGUGAUUGCAGUCUUGGUUCUGACGUGGAUGAGCUAGAGAAUGUUCUCGGUGGACUGGCACUUUGACAUUGCUCAAUUGUGGCUCAUGGUUCUUGCGGCCCCCCUUGACAAGGGUCGUUGGCGAAGCUGUGUUUGGAAACUGCCGGGGACAACUCAGUUUUGCGUUGAUGAUGGUAUGUGGCUUACACAACCAAAAACCUUGGUUACGGAAGAAGAGGAUGGAAACGUGAACAGGCAGAAUCCCAUAGCUAAAGAUAAAUACACUAGUAUGUUAGAUGUUAGAUACCCCCAAGCUCCAUGUGUUGCUGUUCAUUUGCCAGGCUCCACUGAAAGUGUCGUGUUACCGUUGUGUUUGGACGCUGGGGCAGGCUUGGAAACUGCCUGAAUAGAUCGACCUGGUUGAGUUUACCGACAUGAAUGAAGCUCGACGGUGGCUUCAACUUGCUGUUU